GGGGAAAGGCGCUCAUCAUGUAUAGGGGCGAGGGGAGUCUCCCCGCCCGGGAACCCGGUGCGCGGCGCCGGCCUCGGCGGUCUCCGCCUCUGGGAAGCCGGUUGGAUUUUCCCCAUCUUACAGCACCUCGCAGGUCUCUUCUCUCAGCAGUACGUUGCCUGAGUGAGUGGAAACACACAGAUCAGCUGCAGGUUUCUGUCUACAGAAACAGAGUGAAAGAGAAAGAAAAGGGUUGGGAAAGCAAAGACAAAUAUUGACCUGGACUUAUAGAAAGACAUCCAAUGGCUGAAUAAAGAACCCCUGUUCAUGUUUUGGGAUAUUCUUUCAACUGGCUGGAACAAGAGCGGAUCAAAAGAAUGGGAAAUGCCAGCAGACCCUUUAGAAGAAUUGCUUAUUUCUUAUGCCUUUUAUCUGUGCUUUUGCUGACUGAAGGGAAGAAACCAGUGAAGCCAAAAUGUCCUGCCUGGUGUACUUGUACCAAAGAUAAUGCUUUAUGUGAAAAUGCCAGAUCUAUUCCUCGCAGCGUUCCGCCUGAUGUUAUCUCACUAUCCUUUGUGAGAUCUGCUUUUACUAAAAUCCCAGAAGGGAGUUUUUUGCUCACACCAUCUCUGCAGCUUCUGUUGUUUACGUCCAAUACUUUUGAUGUUAUUAGUGAUGACGCUUUCAUGGGCCUUCCUCAUCUAGAAUAUUUGUUCAUAGAGAACAACAGCAUUAAGUCAAUUUCAAGAAAUACUUUCAGAGGACUGAAAUCUUUAAUUCACCUGAGUCUCGCAAAUAAUAAUCUCCAAUCGCUUCCAAAAGACAUAUUCAAAGGCUUGGAUUCUUUAACAAAUGUAGAUCUUAGAGGCAAUGCAUUUAAUUGUGACUGCAAACUGAAAUGGCUAGUGGAGUGGCUGGGCAGCACCAAUGCAACUGUUGAAGAUAUUUACUGUGAAAGUCCACCAGAAUACAAGAAGCGCAAAAUCAAUAGCCUCUCCUCAAAAGAAUUUGAUUGCAUUAUUACAGAAUUUGAAGUUUUUCAGUCCCUGCCAUAUCAAUCUCUAUCAGUAGAUACUUUCUCAUACAUGAAUGAUGAACAUGUGGUUAUUGCACAGCCUUUCACUGGAAAAUGCAUCUUUCUUGAAUGGGACCAUGUAGAAGUGAUGUUCAGGAAUUAUGACAACAUUACAGGUACUUCAACUGUUGUGUGUAAACCUAUAGUUAUUGAGAGUCAGCUGUAUGUCAUUGUUGCACAGCUGUUUGGAGGCUCCCACAUAUAUAAAAGAGAUAUUUUUGCUAAUAAGUUCAUAAAGAUUCAAGAUAUUGAAAUCCUUAAAAUCAGAAAGCCCAAUGACAUUGAAACUUUCAGGAUUGCUGAAGACUGGUAUUUUGUUGUUGCAGACAGUUCAAAAGCUGGUUUCACCACUGUUUACAAAUGGAAUGGGAAUGGAUUUUAUUCCCAUCAGUCUCUGCACGCCUGGUACAGAGAUACUGAUGUGGAGUUUCUUGAAAUAGCCGGCAAACCGCAUUUAAUUCUGUCAAGUAGUUCCCAAAGACCUGUAAUAUAUCAAUGGAACAAAGGAACAAAUGAAUUUGUUAAGCGUUUUGAUAUCCAGGAUAUGGAAGAUGCAUAUGCGGUGAAACAUUUCAAAGUGAAAGAGGAUGUAUACAUUUGUUUAACAAGAUUUAUUGGGGACUCUAAAGUAAUGAAAUGGGGUGGUUCAGCAUUUCUGGAUUUACAAAGAAUGCCAUCCCGAGGGUCAAUGGUAUUCCAACCGCUCCAGAUACGUAAUUAUCAAUAUGCCAUUCUCGGAAGUGAUUAUUCUUUCACUCAAGUCUAUUAUUGGGAUGCUGAGAAAGCAAAAUUUGUGAAGUUUCAAGAAUUAAAUAUACAGGCACCAAGAUCUUUCAUACAUGUCUCCAUCGAUAAACGAGAUUUUCUCUUUGCUUCCAGUUUUAAGGGAACUACACUGAUUUAUAAACAUGUCAGAGUUGACUUAAGCGCAUGACACUCAUAAAUCUGAGGUUACAUCAGACUUUCUGCCGUAAGUGGACAAAAUGAACUAAAUGCAUGAUGACUCUCUUAUCUUACUUCCAAAUGAAUGCCUUUAAAAGUUGAGAUUGCUAGAACAAAGUAUUACUAGUAUCUUCAUCUUUAAUUGUCAAGUCUAGUGAUGUUGGAAGUUGCAUUUUUUAACAAAAAGAAAUUAACUGUUCUUUGCAUCCACAGUAUGUAAAUAUGUGUGCAACUGCAUCUGUUGCUAUAAAGAAUAUUAAGAUGUACUUUUCCAUUUAUUUAUUCACCUGUUUGAAACAACUGCCAAAUAAAAUGUUUACAUUUUGUGUCUUUCA